AUGACCUCGACAAUGGGCAAAUAUGGCAUCGGAGAGCAGUGUGCCAAUAGGGAACAUCUUCUUCGUUAUGCCGAAGAGCUUGAACUUUUUGUUACUAAAAUUUGCUUCCGGCAUUGUAGAAAACAUCUCAUCAUUCCUCGGAUUUUCUGGGAUUCCCCGGAUAGCCAACACUUCAACCAGAUUGAUUAUAUUUUAGUCACUUCGUCGCUGAAAAGUUCUCCACCAGAUAGUCGUAUAGCAACGCUGAAACAACGCUGA